AUGCUCCCCAUCCGCUACAACUCCUCCACCUCCAACAAUCCCAAUCCGCGCCGCCAGUCCGCCGGCCACCUCCAAUUCAUCUCUCCCCACGACCAGCUUCCGGUCCCCCAGCAAACCCCUCCGAGCUCGCAUCUCGCCCGCUCUUCUCUCUACCCAUUCCCUCCCGUCAUGCCCUCCGCCUACUUUGGCCAACCCCUCCCGCACCAGCACCACAACCAGCUGCCGCAUCAGCAUCUCCCGCUGCAGCACCCUUCCCACCCAUUCAACGCCCAUCACCCUCCUCCUCACCACCGUCACUCCCACUCAAUGCCCUCGACCUCGACCUCCUCUACCUCCCUCUCCACCUCCGCAGUCCUCCCGCGCGGUCCCCCGCGAAAGCCAAAACAAUCCGGUCACGCAUUGUGGGUCGGAAACCUCCCGCUCGUGACCACCGUCCUCGAUCUGCGCGACAUGUUUGCGUCGCCCGAAAUCGAGUCCGUCUUUUUGAUCUCAAAGUCAAACUGCGCGUUUGUAAACUACUCGUCCGAUACUGCAAUGCGCGACGCACUCGAGCGGUUUAAGCACUCUGGCGGAAUCCUCAAAGGCACAAAGCUCGUCGCGCGCAUGCAGCGGGCGCCGGCUCCCGAUCGCUCGCCGCAGGAUGAAGAGUCUCCUCUAUCUCCGACCGCCGACCACGACGAGACCGACGCAACGACAGACCCUCAAUCGUCUUUGCAGCACAAGCCAGAGUCGUUUUUCAUUGUAAAGUCGCUCACGGUCGAGGAUCUCGAGUUAUCCGUGCGCACCGGGAUCUGGGCGACGCAGGCGCACAACGAGCAGGUUUUGAACGACGCCUAUAAAAACUCCGAUACUGUCUUUCUCAUUUUCUCGGCGAAUAAAUCAGGCGAGUACUUUGGCUACGCGCGCAUGGCGGGACCGAUCGUGAGCGGUGCAACUGGCGGCGAUGAUAGUGAAGAGCAGCAGCAGCAGGGAGAUAUCUCUGAUACAGCCACAGCGACCACGACCCCAAAAUCCGACGUGGACGAUUCUCAUACAACUUCCUCUCCGAUCGAGUCCCUGGCCACGCCGGCAUCGUCGGUGCGACAUGCGAGUGACGGGAGCGACUUUGCGCUGGACCCGGAUCAUCCAAAGACGAUAUACACGCCUGCGACAGCGACAUCGCCUGCGGGCCGGAUUAUCGACGACUCUGCGCGGGGCACGAUAUUCUGGGAGAUUUUCUCGCCGCUGACGUCGCCGGUUGGCGAGGGUGACGAGCCGUUGCAGGAGGCUACUAAGAAAACAACGUCGGCUUCGUCGUCUCAACUUGACCUAAGCGCGAUGGCGGCGAAAAGUACAUGGGGCACCUCGUUCAAAGUCGAAUGGCUCUCAACCACGCGCGUGCCGUUCUUUAAAACAAAAGGUCUCAAAAACGCAUGGAACCAGAACCGAGACAUCAAGAUCGCGCGCGACGGCACAGAGCUUGAGCCCGGCGUUGGUCGCAAGCUGUUGGCUUUGUUCAGAGGCGGGCCGGCGAUAAGUGAGCUGCCGAUGCAGUUUGCUCCGUCGCAGGUUCAUGAAAAUCCUGCGUUUGAAGCCGCCGCCGCGAGUGAGCAGCAACAGGGCGGAGAGCAGCAGGAUGAGCAGGCGACGGUGCCGCAAGCGCCUAUUAUCGUCAAAAGCCCACUCGCGAUUGAGUAG